AUGAAAGCAACAGCAUAUAUUUAUAUUUUCACUACCAUUUUUUUUAUAUUAAUAAUUUGUUUUUGGUAUAUGUACCGAAAUUUAUCUUAUAACUAUAAUAAAAUAAUAGUAAGCAAUGAUGUUAUUUUUGAAGAUACUCAUAUUGAUUACAAAAGAGAUAUUUUAAAGGAUGAAUAUGAUCCAUGGAAAUUUCCAAUCAAUUUUUUUGUCGCAUCUCCUGUCUCAACUGAAAAUGUAAAAAAAGCAAUAAAAGAAAUAACAGAUAAUACUUGUAUUAAAUUUGAAGAAAAAACCGAAUUUAAUAAUAAUACACAAGGAUUAUAUUUCAAAGAAGAUACAGAAUGUGCCUCACAUAUUGGACUUGUAGACAGCAAAUACUUUCAAGUUAUUAAGCUUACACCAGCCUGUUAUAAAAAUCCAUUUCUUAUUUUACAUGAAAUAGGACAUGCUUUAGGCUUGGUUCAUGAACAUACAAGAAUGGAUAGAGAUAAAUACGUUAGAAUAAACUUUGAUAAUAUGUAUAAUAGUGAAAAUACAAAUUUUCAAAUACAAAAUUACUCAUUUUAUAAAAACUAUUCAACUUCUUACGAUUUUUCCUCAUUAAUGCAUUAUGGUCCAUAUGCUUUUUCUACUUUUUGGAAGGAAGUUUUUGGUUAUAAAGUCACAGAAUCAAAAUUGGAGCCAGAAUAUGAUUUAAUGAUGGGACAAAGCAAAAAAAUGACUUUUAAUGAUUAUAAACAAAUCAAUUUAUGUUAUUGCAAUUGGUGUAAUUGGGUAAAAAAUGAAACUGGUAAAAGAAUACAGCCAACAGAAACUACUACUUCAUGCAAAAAUGGUGGUUAUCCAGAUUUUAACAAUUGUAGUAGAUGUAUUUGCCCUACUGGUUACACGGGAGAUUUAUGUGAUAAGAUAAUUAAAAGUGAUGAAAAAUGUGGUCCAACUUUUUUUAAUGUUAAUAAAACUGGAAUCCCUAUUAUACUACAAGGACAAAUGAAUUGUUAUGUUUUUUUAAAAACUGACAAUGGUAAAAAAAUUAUACUUCAAUUAACCUAUGUAAAUGCACCAUAUAAUGGAAACAUUUGUACUGAAGACAUUGCUUAUCAAGUUAAAUAUAGAAAAGACAAAGGUGCUACUGGUUUGCUUUUAUGUGGCCAUCAUUGGAGAUAUAUAACACUUACAUCAGAAUCAAAUUCCAUUCUUUUAUUUUACAAAGGAAUUUCUGGACAUAGUUUAAUGACUUUUACUUUUAAACAAGCUGAAUAA